AUGGUAGCAUUUGUAAACUCACAUCCCGGAAAUUCACUUGUCAAACCGGGGGAUUCAGUACAGUUCUCACAAUUACCUCAGGAGAAGGUGAUAAACGCAGACCUCUGCGACAAUCAUCAGCCCACCACAUUGUCCCGUUUUGGAGAAGUUGAUGGUUUGUUGUAUGAGAAAGCACAACCUGGGGACAAGAGUUUGACGAGGUUGGUCAGCAUAGCUCGAUCUAAGAAGCUUCGGGAGCAGCAAGGUAAAGUUGUUCUGGAGGGAAAGCGUCUUAUACGCAGCGCUCUGGAUGCAGGGGCCGUAGCGCAAACUGUUUAUUUCAGUUCAGUGGAUGCACUGCGGGAGCUUCCCCUGGAUAAACUCAGCCGUACCAGCAUUGUGAAAGUCAGAAAGGAAGAUCCUAAAAUCUGGUCUGAUCUUGACAUCUCAAAAAACAUAAUAGCCAUAUUCAAGCGGCCCGAAGCAUCCCAUUUAACAUUCUCAGAAGAAAAGUAUGGCAAGCCUGUGCCUCUGACACUGAUUUGUGACAAUGUGAGAGACCCUGGAAACCUGGCCGCAGUGUUACGCUCUGCUGCUGCCGCCGGGUGUCACAGUGUGCUGCUCACUAAAGGAUGUGUGGAUGUUUGGGAGCCCAAAGUUCUUAGGGCAGCCAUGGGCGCUCACUUCUGUCUCCCUGUAAUCCCAAGCCUAACAUGGAGUGAUAUUCCAAGUCACCUGCCCAAAACAGCAACCAUUCACGUAGCUGACAACUGCAGCACCACCUUGACUGAAGAUAACAAUACCGUAAUCCCUCAACAACAGAAAAAGCCUUCUGAUUACGGUUGGGUCAGAGGACAUCAGUACCCAAGGAAGGUGGAAUAUGAGGAUGAUGAUUUCUGUGGCUUUGAGGAUUAUGAUAGUGGCAAAUCCCUCGAGACGCAGUAUUAUUACAUUGAUUGGGUUGCUAGGCACACAGGUCUUGUAAUUGGUGGAGAAUCACACGGUCUGAGUCGGGAGGCUUUGCGAUUGGCUGAGAGGACUGGAGGACGGAGGUUACUGAUCCCCAUGGUAUAUGGUGUGGACAGCCUGAACUCUGCCAUGGCUGCAAGUAUUUUGCUUUUUGAAGGAAGGAAGCAGCUGCUGUCACUGGCUGAGAAGAUAAGAAGUUGACAGAGACCACAGCUUCGUGAAAAAAGAUGAUAACGCCAUGCAAUCAUUACAUAAUGUAAUGUAAUAUAAACACAUCCAGUAUGUUUUUCUGUGAUAUUUAAAUAUUUGUAUGUAAAUAAGGCCUUUUGAUCUGACUGGAAUUCAUUCAUUCAAAAUGGAAAAAUACUAUUGAUUUAUGAGGAAAAAAAUAAAUAAUUUCCAUGUCCUCAGUAUUGAAAUAAACCGGUUCAAAAUUAUGGCCGCAGUAUGUUUUGGGAGUAAGACUUGACUGGGGGAAAAAAAUGUUUUAAAGACACUUGGAUUGCAGGCCAAGUGUAUGAUAUAUGCAAGGACACUAUAAAGAGACAUCAUGUAAAGCACGGUUCAAUUUGCAAUUACUACAUCAUAACCAGAAGUUCUAUGGAAGCAUAUAUGUAGCAAUAUUCAACUUCAAAUACAAAAUGGCAAGAGUUAAAAUGUAUAACCCAAACUGAUGGGAUAUUUUUAUCAUGUCCAAGCAAAGACUGUAGCAAAAUUUUCAUUUAAAUGUCAUUUUUCUUAAAUGCAUUUACACUAAUGGAUAGGACACUUGGGGUUGCAUAUUCAUUAAAAUAUGAUAAAUAUAGCAAAACGCUGUC